GACGUGUGUCUGCUGAGAUCUUCUCAUAUGUGGAGGUGGGCAAUCCCCUGCAGGGCAGAGCAGAGCAGGUUUAUUCUGGUACCCCAGACCCUGUGAGGAUACACUGAGCCCUGGCUCUGCUGAAUGAUCUAAAGAUGAAGCCUUUCCCCAGGAGUCUCCUAUAUUGUGCGUUGCUGUUGUUUUCUGAUUAUGCACACGCCACGUACCACCUCAGAGCAGGAGGUCCUCUGAUAACCGCACAGAGCUACGCUCAGACCAGACACAAUGCUCAACCAGUACUCAGGACGCUGAAUCCAACAAAUCACAGAAGUGAUUACACGUAUAGAGGAAGGUAUCGCUACCACUACCAGCCGCCAAGGAUCCCUCCGCCGGUAGCGUAUCGACCUGUUCCUCUAUCUCCGCCAGUGACUUACCACAGACCCCUGGUCCCCGUGCUGCCCUAUCACCACAGGUUCAAUGGGCCUGCUCCACCACACGUGCAUCACAUAUACAAAGGCUUAUCUCCACCAGUUGCUAAUAAGCCACAUCCCCAACACAGGGUCAAAGGCCCAUGGCCGUACAAACCGAUAGGUCCAUGCCCCACCAAAUUGGCCCCAAUGGCACCAGUUGUAGUCCUCCCGACUCUACCAGAGCCGACAAGGCAGCCGACGUUCCCUGCAACCACGGUGGCACCAGUGACAUUCAUCGUGACCACCGCGUCACCGGUGGAGAUCCCUGCUCUUGGGACGCAACCGGUCAGUACCCAAAGCGGCCUCAUCACCACCGUCAGUCCUGUGGAGACAGAGACAGACUCUGAGUGCAGGAGCCGCCCCCUGGACCUGGUCUUCAUCAUUGACAGCUCACGCAGUGUUCGUCCUGCCGAGUUCGAGAAGGUCAGAAUCUUCCUGGCCAACAUGGUGGACACGCUCGACGUGGGCUCAGAUGCAACCAGGGUGGCCGUGGUCAACUAUGCCAGUACGGUUAAGAUACAGUUCCUGCUCAAGGACCAUUUCAACAAACCUGACUUGAAGAAAGCCAUCGCCCGAAUCGAGCCCUUGGCGACCGGCACUAUGACCGGCCUCGCCAUCAGGACGGCGAUGAAGGAAGCCUUCACUGAGCCGUCUGGAGCUCGGCCUCGCUUCAGGAACAUCUCCAAGGUGGCCAUCAUCGUCACUGAUGGGAGACCUCAGGACCAGGUCGAAGAAGUGUCGGCUGAGGCCCGGGCCGCAGGCGUGGAGAUCUACGCCGUGGGCGUGGACCGCGCAGACAUGCGCUCCCUACAACUGAUGGCCAGUCUCCCCCUGGAGGACCACGUCUUCUACGUGGAGACCUACGGCGUUAUCGAGAAGCUCACCUCCAAGUUCAGGGAGACCUUGUGCGGUCUGGACCCCUGUUCCAUGGGACAUGACUGCGGGCACAUUUGCAUCAACAGCAAUGCCUCCUAUUACUGCAAGUGCCGGGACAGUUAUGUCUUGAACGCAGACAAGAAAACAUGUUCCCUGAAAGAGGUGAGAGCGGAGGUGGUGGAGGAUCCCUGCCUAUGCGAGGCCCGGCUGGCGUUCCAGAAGCAGACUCAGGCGGCCAUCCAGCUGCUCACAGCCAAGCUAGCUGACAUAGCUGAGAGAAUAGAGCAUCUGGAGAACAUGCUGGGCCGUGCGUGAACCUUCCCACGCUGAGGCAGACGACGUCUGCGGGCCGCUGCGUUCCUGGGGAGGAGCUUCCUGUCAUCUGCGACCUCAUCAGUACAGAUUUCAUCCAGAGUGACUAAAGCUGUGAUUCAAAGUUCAUCGACUUGCUGUAUAAACUGACCGCAACAUAUCUCACUGUUGUUUAGGAACUAAUAUUAGGCCUUAUGACUAUUGUUUAAUCUUACUAAAGAGCACUUUAUAGUACACUUUAUGCUUACUCGGUAAAUGAUUAAAUAUUCUUUGAUUACAUUUCGUUAGUAACCUUAGAAAACUGAUCGAAUAUAUGUUAAAAAUUGCAUUAAAUCAGAUUUAUGUGUUAAACAUAUCCAAGCAUUUAUGCUCUGUAUGUCUUAAUGUUAUGAUGGGACAUGUUUCCCAAAACAUAUAUAUGUAGAUGUGACAAAAUAAAUAUAGUAAAGAAUGUUUUUAUGAUUAGGA